AGACGAUUGCCCCAGCGUAGGCCUGCAUAUCUUUAUUGAUAUUAUGCCCCUUCCAAUAUGGCGGACGUGUUGACGUGUGGCGCAAUAGCUCUAGUUAGCAACGACGGCUAACGCGGAACUUAUAAAGAGUUUUCUACGAAAACGCGCUCCAUCUCGCUGUUACUGAAUUACUCGGGGUGUUAAACUACCGUUGAUUGAAAAGAAUAGUGAGCAAAAGUUGAACUGAACGGAUACUAGGAGUUAAACGACUCUGAGAGAAGUGUGAGGUACACGGCUGACAUUUUGAUGGACCGUGUAAUGAGCUGCACUGCUGUAAACAAGUGCACAGAGACUGGGGGGAUGAGUGCAGAGAUCAGCAUACAGAGGUUCGCUAAAACUCGGUGAACAACAGAAAUGUGCGGUUGCACAAAUCAGAGCAGGAGUUUAAGCCGUUUACAGGACAACAGCAGCGGAAAGCUCUAGACUACAGGCUCAGGGUCCCUCACUGGGCCUUUUAACGCAAAAACACAACUCGAUGAAAGCGACCCGGUGUUAAAGGACAACAAAGGCGCGGGUCUGAGAGGACAGGACAGGACAGGGCGGUUAGUGAGUUAGUUUAAAGCCCGGACACGAUGAAGGUGUUACAGCUGCAAAGGACGCUGCUGCUGCUGCUCAGGGGCGCUACGCUCUCACCGCACAGGACAUGUGGGAAAAUUUCCCCCGACAACACACUGCGGGUCCUGAUCGACAUGGACGGUGUUCUCGCGGAUUUCGAGGGGGGAUUUUUAAAGAAAUACAGACAAAGAUACCCAAAUGAGCCGUACAUCAGCCUGGAGGAGCGCAGAGGAUUCUGGGUGUCGAGUCAGUACGGAGAGCUGAGAGAAGACCUUUGUGAUAAAGCCGUUAGCAUUUGGGAGUCCAAGAAUUUCUUCAUGGACCUCGACCCUCUACCAGGAAGUUUGGAGGCUGUGAAGGAGAUGGCUAAGAUGAAGAAUACAGAUGUCUUCAUUUGCACCAGUCCAAUUAAACACUACAAACACUGUCCAUACGAAAAGUAUGCUUGGGUGGAGAGACACCUGGGCCCUGACUUUCUGGAGAAAGUAAUUUUGACAAGAGACAAGACAGUAGUGAGUGGAGACAUCCUCAUUGAUGACAAACCAGACAUCCUUGGCGUGGAGCCCAAUCCAUCCUGGGAACAUGUCCUUUUCACUGCCUGCCAUAACAAGCACCUGCCUGCCAGCACCAGUCAGAAGCGCCUCCUCUCCUGGGCUGAUGAUUGGAGGGGCAUCCUGGAGGGCAAGUGAGAGCCUGGUGUCCUCAAUUACACCUUCACCACGUUACCGCUGGUCAGCCUCCGCCUUAGUGGACUUGCAGAAAUAACAUGGAGGAUAUCCGUGGUGUAAGAAAUCACAGCAUUGGUCCAAAUUUAAAGCUCGAAACACUGCAUGACGAGAAGCCAGGUUUAUAAGUAAGGGACAUACUAUACAAGACAAGCCUGAGUUCGUGAACAAAUAACAGAAUGAUGUUUUUUUGACAGUUUUCACCGAGCAUAAACUGCCCCAGAGCUCGAUUUUUGG